AUGGCCGGAAGUAGCCUCUGGGUAGUUCGAUUGGCUUCCCUUCUUGCAGUCGGAUUCGUGGUCGGCUCCGUCGAGGCCAGCCCGGGAGAUGCUCAUCCGCAGUACAGAACUUGUGUGAAGGAGUGUCAGAAUACAGGGAUUAUUGGAAGUAACAUCAUCAGCCACUGCCAGUCCCGGGAUAACGACAGCACAUCUGCUGGAAGUUCAUGGUACACACAGGGGCCCCUUUACAUGCAGUUAAAACAACAAAACUGUAUGUCAGACUGCCGCUACUACUGCAUGAUACGAAGAGAAGAGGAACGACAAUUAGGUGGCCUGAGCCCUGUUAAAUAUCAUGGAAAAUGGCCCUUCAAACGUGUUUCUGUCUUCCAGGAGCCCCUUUCAGCUGCACUGUCUGCUCUCAACCUAUUGACGCACUUCACUGGCUGGGUUUCAUUCUUCCUGCAAGUGAAUUACAGAUUACCUCGUAGACCUCAGACGAAGAGGACAUACUAUGAAUACACUGGCUUAUGGCAUAUCUAUGCAAUAUUAUCACUGAAUGCAUGGUUCUGGAGCACUAUAUUCCAUACUAGGGAUAUUGACUUGACUGAGAAACUGGAUUACUCUUCAGCUGUGGCCCAACUUGGCUACUCUUUAAUCCUUACAUUGCUAAGAACUUUUAAUGUCAAGGAUGAGGCUGGCAGGGUGAUGUUUGCUGCACCUAUUCUAGCAUUCGUUACAACACACAUCUUGUAUCUUAACUUCUACGAACUUGACUACGGAUGGAACAUGAAAGUUUGUGUGGCAAUGGGUCUUGUUCACAUUGCUGCAUGGGCAGUCUGGUCUGUUGUGACCCAUCAUCCGUCACGAUACAAGGUUUGGAUCGUCGUAUUCGGAGGAGCUCUAGCUAUGCUUCUUGAGGUGUAUGACUCUCCUCCAUACAAGGGGUAUGCUGAUGCACAUUCGCUGUGGCACGCGAGCACCAUUCCUCUCACCUAUCUUUGGUGGACCUUCGUUAGAGACGAUGCAGAAUUCCGCACCUCCACACUUGUUAAGAAGAAAAGGACAUAA